AUGAUUGGUCUUUCGGACUGGACGGACGGACGGACGGACGGAAAUCACCGACUUCCCGCACUGAGCGCUCAGCGUGCGACUUUUGUCAUUCGAGAAAGUGUGGUCUCCUUGUCUGAAAGGCUUGCUGCGCUCGAGUCGACAGUCGCCGGUCUUCCGCCUCAGGACGGACCGACUCGAUAUGCGGUACCACAUGAUUUACCAGAGCAGGAGAAUCUCACGAACGACACCGGUAGCGUUUCUCAUUCCGGUCAGCAGAAUAAUGAAUGCCUUGAAAGACGAUCGCCAAUUCUGUUGGAGCCCAAUGCCACAGAUGGCUUAACUCAGCAAGCCUCAGAGGGUACUCGAUUCCUGCAAUGCGAGCUGGAGUCAAAUCCCUUUCUCGGAACCAGCAAAUCUAUCGUGAUGAAAGAUGCGAUUGACUUUGUUAAUCGGCUCUCUAGUACGUCAAACACAUACUUUGCGACCGAUGCUUUUGCCUCAUCUGAAAUCAGUGUGGAUCUGGAGCCAAAGGGGUUCCCGCCAGAGUUGUUAUAUAUGAUGACCAUGAACGGAGCGCCGAAUACUAUGAGGCAGUCAUUUUGGCCUGAUCAUGUUUCUUUUCAAACUUUGGAAAGAAUGUGUUUGUCCCUGAUCGAAGGAAAAGAGGACAAACACAAACUUACUUGCUACCGUGUCUGCGUCUACAUGAAAGCCUCCGCGCUGCUUUGCCGACUACCUAAGAAAGAUCGGAGUGCACCACUUCAAAUGCAUCUUGAACAAAGCAAAAAGCAAUAUGAGAAUGAAGUACACAAAGCUCUUUCCGAGAUAGACUAUCUUGCACCGCCCAGUUUGGUUCUCUUACAGGCAUUUCUGUCGGGUGCACUGUUCAUGCAGAAUCAGGGUGAUAUGUCCCGAAGCUGGACAUUGGCAGCUUUCGCAUCCCGAACAUUGGUAUCUCUCAGUUAUCACUCGAUUGAAUCUAUCACGCUCAAUGAUGAGAAAAAUCGUGACGUGUAUGGGUCGUUGUAUACGUGUUACUACCUCGACAAAAUGCUCAGUGUGCUCCUCCUCAGACCACCGUCACUUCCAAAACUGAAGAUCAAGCCGACAGACCUGGUUUAUUUGGAUAGUCAGCUUCCACUCAGCGCCAGUGUUAAGACCAUGGUUGAGUUUGCGCAGAUCCAGGAAGGUGUCCUCGAUAUACUCAACCACACCAGUAAGAACGAUCAAGUCACACUUAUUAAUCAGCUGCUCCAGGACAUGCAUGAAAUCAAUUCAAUGAUCAAAAAGGACAAGCUUUACAUAGAUGCAAACUUCCUCGACGAGUACCCAUAUUUUCUCACGUGGACACUACUGUUCUACCCACUUAAUGCAUUCUUUGUCCUUUUCUGCAAUGUUGUAUACUCCGCGAACCUGGACGACUAUGCAUUAAUGGCAGCAGUCACCAAAGAGAUGCGGUUUACCGAGAUCUAUCCCGCUAUUGCUGAAAUACAUAAGCUCUUCUCGGCUUUCCUGGAGAUGGUCGGGCCUCUGGUCCAUAAUCAGCCUCAUAUUCCGCAUUCUCUACCCAUUCCCCAUGCUGCAACAUCAGGAAACGAACCUGCAAUUCCAACCAGCAUGGCAACUCAAUAUAACCCUGGCCCCAUCGGCUCAAACAUUCCCCAAGAAAGUGGUAUUGGUCUACCAGACCAAGGCAUUGUCACUCAAGACGGACUGGUUGCUCCGGACGAAGAACUCUUGUGGGACUUGAUAGAUUCUCAACCAUGGCUGGGCUGGAUAAGAUCGGAUGGCUUGACAGAGAAUCCGAUCACUAAUUAG